AUGGGUGAUGUUAAAGAAGAAGUCGGUCUCACGACCCAGUCCUCUGAAAUGCCCGACGGCUUUGGCAAGUUCGGCUCGAAAAUCUUCAAAUUCAUCGUUGAAGACCGAACCUUUUCCGUACACUCGGACUUCAUCACCGAUCUCUCGCCUACAUUCGAUGAAGAUGUUAAUGGUGGAAUGAAAGAAGCUGAACAAGGAUAUGCGGCUAUCAAAGACGUCAGUGCUGCCACUUUCGAGCGAUUCAUUGAAUGGGUGUACGCGGGGUACUACACGGCCUCUUGUCCCGUCUAUGAGAGCGAGGAGCCAAACGGAGAUGACUCUCAUGAUACCAACGACAUCAAAUCCUAUCAGACCUUGAUGCAACAAGCAGAGACACGCCUCACCGGCAAUCACUGGUCAGAGGCAUCGAACAUCGAAGCACUAAAAGAUCUUGCACUUCGAGAAUUGCAUAUCCGGCUUGCGCAUUUCAAGUUGUUUCCUACACGCACCGAUGACAUUGUUUCGCUGAUUCAGUACGUGUACGGCAAUACGAUGCAAGCCAGCCACGAUAAGCCAGACCCUCUUCGACAACUUGUGAUGAAGUACGUUGCCGCCGAGUUAGAUACCUUGGCGACACACAAGCCUCUGUUGCAGCUGGCUUUCUGGCUGGAGAAAGAUGAAGGAGUCGACUUUCUAGAUGAGGUUGGAGCGAUCUAUCAGCAGAGGCUUUGA